AUGGCCGACGCCGGGAACCUACGGCUCCUGUCGGCCGUGCCUUACAUACCACAGCCGGACGAACAGUUCGAGUUUCAGAUCGCUUUCCCCGACGGCCAGGAGCUGUACGUAUUCAACAAAUACGGUCAGCACACGACCACCCGGAGUAUUAUCACCGGCCGAUCGCUCUAUACCUUCCUCUACAACGUUAACACCAGUUUCGGUAAACUAAGUGCUGUGACGGACGCGUCGGGCAAUAAGGUGUCGUUCAUCCGCGACUCGGGCAACAGUUUGCACACCAUUGAGACCACUCGGGGCCAGAAGUGUCGGGUGUUGACCAACAAACAGGGUUUUCUCGAGCAGUUCGUCAAUCCGGACAAUUUGACCACAAAGUUCGCGUACGACUCGUCCGGUCUGUUGGUCUCGCGGUCUGAUUCCGCCGGACAUUCAUUCUUCUACUUCUACGAUGGCAGCGGACGACUGGUUCGGUUCGUACGGCCGACCGGUGUGUCCACGGAAUUGGUGUUUGACUUCAGCCAUAACGGCGCUCACGUGUCGGCAGUGGACUCGUCGUCCGAUUCGUCGCAAAUCAAGACAACUAUCGUGAAAGUGAGGGGCGAGUCGUUCAACACAUACGAGAACGGCAUCGAACUGAAGACAUUUGUCCAUUUGGACGGUUCGGUCGAAGUGGAGACCCCGUGGAGGGAUGUGGUCUACUGGGAGGCGCAGCCGCACAAAGUGUUGCUGUCGUACCUCCCGGUUCAGGCCGGGAUGUUCCCGGUGCUCAUGAGGCAGACCACCACCAGUACCGCAACCAUCACCUCCUCAGCCAACGUCCAGAAGCCGUGGAUCGGCUGGGAUUACGACGUGAAGUACAACCGCCGGUCAGACCGGGAGAGGAGUGUCGCUGCGGUCGAGCGGAUACUCGUGAUCAACGAAACACAGUUCCUGAGCGUUGAGUACGACUGGAUCGCCAAUCGGGAGAUACUGUACAACAACUCUCGGCGGCCGUUCCUCUUCGUCCAGUACGACGACUCGUCCCGACCCGUCCAGUGGUUGCCCAAAGAGAGCCGUUUGCCGCUAAACAUGAUGUACGACCGGUUCGGCCGCCUCUCGGGCUGGCAGGAGGGCCAACACUCCGAGACCUACGGCUACGACCGUAUGGGCCACUUGUCGGAGAUCCGCUUCUCGGACACCACUGCCCUGAAGAACAGCUACGAAGACGGAAAGAUGUCGCCGACGAAGAUAGCGCUGCGAAGUGGCCGCAAGUACUUGUACUCCUACGACGACAACGGAGGUCUGCGGGCCAUCACAACACCCAAAGGCACGAAACACUCGUUCCGAUUGGAGGUGUCGUUGAAUUUCUAUAAACUAGUUUAUACGCCACCCAAUGGCGGCCCUCUCAACGCGUAUGUGAUAUACAUGGACUCAGAGCACCGGCCGGUGAUGAAGACCUAUCCGCAGGACUGGGGAAAAGUGCUGUAUCUCUACAACAAUCGCUCCCAACCGACGGAAGUGGUGUUCGGCGCCGGAAAAGUGGAGAAAGUGUACCACAAAUGGACCGGACUUUUGGCCAAAGAGUUGUGGCAAUACGAAGAGCAGCGGAUUGUCUCGCAGUUUGAAUACACGGGCGCUUUGCUCACCAAACAGUACCACCAGUUUGUCUCCGCGUAUCUGCUCUCAAAUCUGGUGUUUAGCUAUCAAUACGACUCGUUCUCGCGGUUGAAACUGCUGUCCACACGAGUCGGUUCCGUAAGUCUUCCGCCAAUCGAUUACGCCUACAAUCAACGGACCGGACGUCUGGAGGCGAUCGGCAACUUCCGGGUGUACGACAAGUCCCAGAACGACACCCUAUUGACGGACGGGACGGCCAGCUAUUCAAAGUCCUUCGACGCGUCCCAUCUGUUGUUGCAGUUGUCCUAUUCAAAGUCCUUCGACGCGUCCCAUCUGUUGUUGCAGUUGUCGUUAGUGAUCGCCGACAAAGAGGUGCUCCGUAUGGACCUGUCCUACAAUACCAACGGAGCGCUCAUCCAAUCGAAGACAUUUAUGCGCCAUUUGGGCGCCGGUAAAGUGCGGGUCCAGAACUACACCUAUGACGCCGACCAACAGUUGGUGGAAGUGAUGGGAAGGGAUCACUGGAAGUUCUCCUACGACGACAACACCAAUCUGGCGACAAUGCAAUACAUGGGUAAUCGCAUUGACAUACUCUACGACAACAGCGACCGUAUUGUCAGUUUCGGCGAAACCCCGUACGUGACGGACGCCAACGGGUUUGUGGUCCAGAGGGGCGAAGAGAGGUUCACGUAUAACCCGUUGGGACAGUUGAUGCGCGCCCACCGGCCCUCCCGUUAUGAUGUCAACUAUAUGUACGACUCUCGGGGCCGGCUGUCUGUCCGCAAAGACAGCUACAACAAUGUCACGCAGUAUUUCUACGGCGAUAUCUUGCGGCCACAUCUGGUCACACAUAUGUUCAACAACGCCGACGGACGCGUCACCACUAUUAUAUACGAUGACCAAAGUGUGCCACUCAUGACACAGGUAAAUCAUGAAGUCUUCUACAUAGCGUGCGAUCAAAUCCGAAGUCCACUACUAGUGCUCGACCACAGGGGAGAAGUGGUAAAGGAGGUGCAUAGGGGGCCAUACGGUCACGUGCUCUUCGACUCCAACCCAGCCUUUUAUUUGCCGAUCGACUUCCAGGGAGGGAUUCCCGACCCCCUCACAGGCCUUAUCCACUUCGCCGACAGUCGUGUCUAUGACUCGUUGGUCGGCCAAUGGCUGACACCCGACUGGGAUCGGCUCAUGUCGGACCUGAAGGACCCGCAGUCACUGCACGCCUACCGUUUCAAUCGCAACGACCCGAUCAACGCUCCGGCGGACGAGCGCUGGAAGAUGUCUGAUCUGAACAAAUGGAUCCACAAUCAGGGCAUCGACUUGUCUGCCUUUGACAUCGGUUUAGUCAGUCUGUUCAACGGCUGCGGUGGCGGCGGUGAUGAUGACCGCGAUGUCGAUGACCAGCGGUCGCCGCCGCCGACGACGAAGCCGUCGCACGCCUUAAAUUUGCCAAAAGUGUCGGCGCCUGCGCUGCCCAUUGUCUCGGGCUUCGCCUGCGGUCUCCAGAGGACACUCAACAACUUCCGGAUGAUAUCCAGUGUCGAUAAAUCAAAGGCAUGUGUGAAAUCCGAAGACCUCUUCGAGUCGAUCCAAACGAAUAAGAUCUCCAGCGAAAGCGUACCGUUCGGUAACGGCAUAAGUGUGUCGCGAGUGGGCGGACACGCGGUGGUAAUGUCGGCGCCGGACGCGGACCCCAUCCGGAAGGAUGUGUUCACACAAAUACUAAACAACACUUAUUUACUUGACUUGCAUUUCGUGAUCCACGGAAACGAUGUCUUCUAUUUCGUGAAGAACAACACGUGGAGAGUGGCCGACGAUCUGACACAACUGCAACGGCUCAGCACUAGUGUCAACACUACUGUCCACGAGAACAAGGCUGAGGACCAGAAGGGCGGCGGACAUCAG